CAGUGUUUGCUUGACCGCGGCCUUUACAUGGAGGCUCUGGAGGCCUUCAGCAAGGCCGCCGAGGUGAAGCCCGGCUGCAGGGCCUACAAGGUCAGAAGCCUGGCCUGCCUGACAGCUGCAGGUCACCACACUGACUGUCUGAAGCUGGUGAACGACUGGAUGCUGUCAGAUGGUCCCACCUCCGACCUUUACAUCCUCAGAGCCCGACUGCACUAAACUGCUCAACCAGACAUCCCAAUGUUAUAGAGACGUGAAGUCGGCGUUGGCGCUGAAUCCAACGUGUCCGGAGGCCGGAGCUCUGCUGCUGCGGCUGCAGGAGGUCAGUGAACAGGCCAGAAGAAAUGCGGUGGACAGAGCUUUGACCGGCCAGCUGCCUGAAGCCCUCUGCAUGAUCAAUAUCGCUCUGGAGAACUGCCCGGAGGACGCACGCCUUUACCUCUUCAGAGGGAUUCUGUACCGACGUCUGAAGGACUUCACAGCAGCCAUCGAGGAUCUGGUCCAGGCUGUGGAGCUGAGUGAGGAGGAGGAGGUCAGAGGUCAGGCGAAGGCCAUAGAAGAGGAGGAUGAGUGUGGUGCUGUGGAAGAGGAGGUGCAGUUUCAGCUGGUUCUCACCUACAAUGAUUUUGCUGUUCAGUGCUUCAGCAGAGGCCUCUACACUGAGGCCACUCUGCUCCUCAACAAGGCCAUCGAGGAGGAGAAGAGCCAGGCGGGCCUAUACCUGAACCGAGGAGAUUGUUUCUUUAAGCAGGGCGAGUGGUGUUAUGCUCUGGCUGACUACCAGCAGGCUGAGGAGAUGAUGCGGCCGGAUGACCCUGCUGUCCGGCUCCGCCUCGCUGUCUUCCACAACACCUUGGGCUCUUUCUGCUUUCAGGACGGGUGUUUCCAGGAGGCAGCGGACAUGUUUUCUCUGGCCAUCCAGUACAACCCCUCCCCCAGUCAGUACUACGAGAACAGAUCCAAGGCCUUCCGAAAGCUUCUUAACGUGAAGGGAGCCAGACAGGACUUCAUCUGCAUGCUGAUCCUGGAUCCCACCAACGAAGAGCUGCCUCCUAUGCUCAUGAACCUGUUCCCUGGCUGCAGUUUGUCGGAUGUUUUGUCCAGUCCAGCAGGACAAGCAAUCAGAGUUGAGCUGAUGGACACCAUCCAGGCCUGUAGCUCCUCCUGCGAUCAACAACGACUGAGUGAGAAGCUCCUAAAGAUGACUCUGACCGAGAUCACAGCGAGCCCAGCAGAAGAGCAGUCUGCAGCAGGAAAGGAGCUUAAGAUGUGUGUAAAUCAACAGGAGAUACAGAUAACUGUGAAGAGCCUUCUGCAGCAGGUUAAGGAAGUGGUUCGGUCAUGUCUCCACGACAGUCCAGCUGUGCACCUCACUGGGCCGUGCCCCGCCACCCACCACCCACCACUCCCAUCCACACAGUGGAACAGAACCAGCCCGCCUUUAGACACAAGACGAGUUUGUACUGCAACAAGAGAUUUGAGGUGUUCCGAGUCCACAUCCCAGAAGUGACAGUGGAAUUACUUUGGAUGGGGAAAUAUUAGUUAUAAAUGUUGUUUUAUCUACUCUGCUCUGUUUUUUAAGCGCACUUCUCUUUGUAUCUCUUUGUAGAAUUUUUAUCCCAGUGAGCAUUUGGUGGCCUUAAACUUUUGAUGUACACAUUGUGAAUCACUUUUGACAACCUUUUACACUGAAAAAAAUCUAUAAUACCUGAAACCACAACUAUGGUCCUUUUAAAGGUCGCAUAUUGUUAAAAGUGACAUUUUCAUUUAUUUUUAAUUAUAAAGCAGAUCCAAAUGCUAUGAGCGCAUAAUCCACAAAGGAAUACACACAGCCCGUAUUCAGGAUCCGAGUCUUCAGGACUUCCGUAAGGUUGUGGUGUCACAACUAUACAUACAGUAUAUAGGUAGAAAGUGCCGCUGUAGUGCAUUACAGUCAUUCCCCGGCUGCAGUGACGGAAGGUUCCGAGAGCGAUAAUGUGUUUUACAAACAAUGAAUCAUGUAAACAUGUUCUAGUAGAAACCCAAAAAUACAAGUAUGAACCUUAAAAUUAGCAUAAUAUGUCUCCUUUAACUCAAAUUUAUGGUUUGAACUUUUAAACAUUAGAGACAAAUCUUUCAGCACAAUUACACACUGUACACACUGUUUUAUGUAACCAUAACCCUCUGAAGACAAAGAGUCUGAGACUUAGACUGCAGAGUCCUAAUAAACAACAUUUGGCAAUAUUUUUCUAAAAUGCUGUGGUAUUAUCCUUUAAUUAGCAAGUUAUUAUGUCCUGCAGUCCAAUAGGUGGCAGCAGAGGCACAACUUUAGCAUGAUGGCAUUUCUCGGGCUGCUCUACUACAGCGCUGUGUUUGACUGGUAACGUCUUGAUUUAUAAAUGACAAGACAUCUACAUGUUUGGAUACUGGCUCUGUAACUUUAUCUAAAUUGUGCAAAUUAUCAGAUUAGUCUAAUUUGCUCAGUUCAGUAUAAUUCUUUGGACGUUUAAACUGAGGACUAACCUGGAUGAUUAUACUUUGGUCUCUUUACAGAGGAGUCAGAGACAAACCUUUGGGAACUUAAGGGAACUUAAGUGAAUUUAUGCUGAACAGCUGUCACAGGUUUGUCUGUUCACAGGCACUCCAGUCUGCAGUGUACAGUAGUUUCACACGUCACUGCUAAAUCACAGAACCCCACAGAAUUUCAUGACCCAAGAUAAACACCAAGUUACUUUGUUUCACUCCUGCUCUUUCUUGCAUUCCUACUCUUUUGUGCUCUCGCAGUUUUUUUCUUUUUCUGUUUUUUUUAUGACAUUGUCUUUUUUCUUGAGUAGUAAAAUAGUAUGUUCAUAAACAUUAUAUAUGUUAUUACUAUAUAUACAUGUUAUGAUGGAAGUUGACCCUUUUAGAUCCACUGCUGCAAUCCAAAUAUAAUAAUAAUGUUGCUGUGUCAGGGUAUCACUUUCUCAGACAAUUCCUCAUAAUACACAAAAUGGCAUUUUUAUUAAUUGAUGAUGGGCAGCAGAUAUUCUUUAUCAAAGUGAAUUAUAAAGUAUAGAAAGAGCUGUCUCAUUCAGUUCAAAAGCACACUGAACCAUAGCGAACAAGAUUGUAUGGUGUGUUGUUUGACCAAAAGUGUUUAGAACUUUACGCUAAAGAGUAGGCUGUCAUAGAGGAUGCCCUAGAGAUGGAUGCCCUAGAGCAGAUGUCCCCUAGGGGACUGCGGAGGUACUGCAGGGGGUCCCAACAUUUUUGGUUGAUUAGACAAUUAAAAAAAAGAUGUUCCCGCAAAUUUAAAUGUCUUUAAAUACACAUUAACAUGAAUCCGACAUAUUGUAGCAGACGGAUAAAUGGAGGCAGAAAUCGUCCCUCCGUCCAAGGUUAGACAAGUUGUGUGCUACUCAUCAGGAUCAGACCUCUCACUAAUGUGGGAGUAGGUGUGCCAUCCACAGAUGGCUUGAGGAUUCACUGUCCCUUCUACGUGAAUGUUUAAAAUAAAAACAUGAAUCUGUGAAUUAUUUAAAUAGCUCAGUGUUGUAUGCAAGAUGUAUGUUUAUAAACGACCAACCUGUACCUUGCACAUGUUUAAAAUAAAAUCAUG